UUAAAAGCCCGCCACAACUCUCAGCGGACUUAUCCAAAUAACUUCAACUUCUCCAACAGACAUUCAACAACUACGCCGCAAGCCUACACAGUAACUCAGUCACCAUGCCUAAGAAUAAGGGAAAGGGAGGAAAGAAUCGUCGUCGUGGAAAGAACGAGAACGACAACGAAAAGCGUGAACUCACAUUCAAGGAAGAAGGCCAAGAAUAUGCUCAAGUCCUCAAGAUGCUCGGAAACGGCCGUCUCGAAGCCCUGUGUUUCGACGGCUCCAAACGCCUCGCACAUAUCCGUGGUAAACUCCGCAAGAAGGUCUGGAUCAACCAGGGCGAUAUCAUCCUCCUCUCGCUCCGCGACUACCAAGACGAGAAGGGAGACGUGAUCUUGAAGUACAGCGCCGACGAGGCGAGAUCGCUCAAGGCGUAUGGAGAAUUGCCCGAAUCUGCGAAGAUCAACGAGACGGAUACCUACGGACAAGAGGGCGACGGAGACUGUAAUUUCGAGUUCGACGAGGACCGGAGUGAGAGCGAUGAUGAUGAGGAGGGCGGAAAGGGCAAGGAGGUCGAUGUUGAUGAGAUCUAGAGGGUCUGGGGUGUAAGACUGUCUUCUCUCUCAAUCUCGUGGAUGCAACGCAGAGUCAAGAUCUAGACUUACGGGCCCAUCCUGAGAACCUCGACAGCAAUUUUACUUUGUUACUCGACUGGUUAAUGGAUUGCAGUGGGAGAGACGUUGCGAUCCAUUGGCUAGGACUUUUUCUUUCAGAUGUUUUUUUGUUUUCCGAGUUGUCUUGAUACUUGCGGUCAUGGUCAUUGGGCAUUGACGGCUUUGCAUCAAGCAUCCUACAUAGACUAGAAUACACGCAAUGCAUUUACAUAUCUUCACAG